GAGACCAUCACGGUGACAUUGCAACCUACCCGAUGUUGAUUACUUUGUACUCGAUUAUAUAUUAGUUUUCUGUUAGGAACAAGAUAGCUAACGUGCAAAAAUGUCGGAUUCGAACCGUCAGGAAUUGCUACGCGAAAUAGCAAUGCUUUCCAAGGAUCUUCCUGACAUCGAGUUCCCAUCUUCCCCCAUAUCGCCAGGAAAUACUAUUGGCCAAAACACUGCCCCACUCAAUGCCCCGCCUAGCAUGGACAGACCAUCAGAGCCUGGGGAACGUCUGCCUGAUCCCGACACAAACGUUAUGGAGCCAUACGGUUUUAGGUAUAUCGACUGCGCGCCGCCAGACGAAGAUACAAUCAAGGAGAUUGCAAGAAAUUUCGAUGAAAGCGAGAAAAUUACAAAGGGCCCCACAGCCCACAUCGAAGGGAUUGCAGAAUGCACCGUAGCCCUCGAAUCCGGCGUCGGGGAAUCGAUCCAGCAAAUUGCACAAAGGGAACUCCGCCAGAAUAUGGUUCUCCGACAGGGCCCUGUGAUCCUGGGCCAUAAUCCGACCCCUACAGAGCUCGAACCCAGGCUCGCGCAUCCGAGAGGAAAGGACGGGGUGUCGUUUAUCCGAUUGGUACGAGGGAGCGUGGAUACCGCUGAUAGUCUUAAACUCUACGUAACAUCGCAUCACCAAUUGGCGAAGGAAUUUGGCGAGAGUCCCCCCCCUCCUGUGCAGCCGAAAGUGUCCACGACAAGGUUAUUCAUCUUGCGAGGCGCCCUUCGAUGCAACAUAACCCCUCCGGAAGGCUGCAUAUUCCUCUGGGUAGGAUACUCCACUGUACCGAUGGGGGAUAGCAUUAGACGGUCGGACGUAUUUCCUUUCAUGGUAGAUUAUAGACGGGUUCCACUUCCAGAACCCGGUUCUCGUGAUGGAAGAAGAAAAUAUAUUAACUAUAAGAGAACGGAGAACAGGUAGAUCAAUUAUGUAGAUAGAAAGAUAUUUCAUCAUCGAAUCCUCGCUGAUAUAGAGAAACCAGUGGUGAGAGGUCUCGACUCAGUUGUAGUAUGUUGGAAUACCUCUCAUCUUGUAAUUUCUUGUUGAGUUCCUUUUCUUGGCUCGAGUCCAAGUGGGACAGUUUGGAGAAGACGGGGAGUAGCGCAAAUGCGAUACCUUCGCUGCGAACAUCAUUUUCAAGUCUCCGAGACCGCUGGCCCAGACUGAGGCCAUUCACUGCUGCGUACUGAAUAUGUCCCGAUAAGCCCUCGUUUCUGAGAAAAUCAGGGCCCCGGCGAUAAGCGUUCGGAAUUGAGGCGAUAUUAUCGGGCGGCCAGGGUAAGUUUUCCUGUAACCAACGCUCUUCUUUCAGUGCUAGAUGUCUGGAUGCAAGCAAGCGUCUCAGCUGCGCUUCCAAGAGCCCUUCGUCCUUAAUCAUUGGCAAGAGGCCAACAAGCCUCGGAUCGUCAUCGGCCUUCAACUGAAAUUUGGAUAAUAUGAGGGACCAGUCCUGCUGAAAGAAUUCCCUGGUGACUUUCUCUUUCAUCUGUACUUCUAAGAGUACCUCACUAGCACCUGUCUUUCGCAUUUGGCGUCGUUGUUCC